AUGCGGGCUUUUGUUUUCGCCGCCCUGCCCGCGUUCGCUGCGGGAUUCGGUUCGGUGGCGAAGGCCGAGUGCGCAGAGGUUGCGCCCGCUUUGUGGGCCCAGAUUGACUUUGAGGAGUACACGCGCGCGACGUGGUAUUCGCAGGCGCAGGAGCCAAACUCGUACCAGACGGUCGAUGAGCUCUUCUGCAUCACUGCCACGUACAAGCUUGAGGGACUUCAGGUGCCCGGUGGUGGCGCGGGUCCGCCGGCGGGCGUGAUGGCUGGCCUUCCGCCGGCGGGCGCUCCUGGUGGGCCCUCCUGGGACGGCCUCGUCAUCUCCGUGUACAACCAGGCGAACCAGGGGGCGGUGAACGGGCCGAUCGCCAACCCACUGACGAUGCCGAACGGUGCCCCCUCCCCGGUCAACCCCAUCUGCGCGCGCCUGAUUGACCCGCCGACGAACAAGCUUGCCGUCGCGCCGUGCUUCCUCCCGAACGGCCUCGCGGGGCCGUACUGGCCCGUGAUCCUCAAGGCAGACGAGCAGGGACGGUACACGGCGGCUGCGGUCAUCGGCGGCCAGCCGACGGUGCCGCAGGGCGACGGCGGCUGCUCGCUUCCGCAGGUGGACGCAGCCGACUUUGACGGCGUCGGCGGCAACGAGGGGCUGUGGAUCCUCACGCGCGAGCCGAACCCGCCCGCCAGCCUCGUCGAGGAGAUGAAGGCAGAGCUCCUCUCUCUCGGCAUCUCGGUGGCCAACAUGCUCGACGUCUCGCAAGAGGGCUGCUCGUAUGAGGGGUACGACAUCAAGGCGUUAUCUUCUGCUUCUAUUCCAUUUGUUUUUCCGACUAUUGACUGCAAGCCGGACGCUACGGCCGCGCAGAAGCAGGCUGGAGAUCCGGAGCAGGCUGGGCCUCCGGAUGCGGAUACCAAGGACACCAGGGCGGCGGCUGCAAAGGAUGCCUUCGCGACUGUCGACAAGUCAGGAGACGGUAAGGUCUCGAUGCCCGAGGCGAAGAAGGCGCUCGAGGCAACCUUCCCAAAGCUCGGUAAGUAUCUGGCGCUAUCGGCCUUCGCGACGGCGGCGGUGCACCCCGCGAUGCUGUUUGCGGGCUAUCCGCUGCUCCUCGGCUGGCUCGCCACCCACCUCGCCGCGCCUCACCUCUACGCGCCGCCCACGUGCCACGGCUUUGAGUCGCACGCGCCGGCUGCGGCUGGCGGCGCUCUCUACCUGCCGUCGCUGUACGCGUACGAGUUUGCGUGGUGGCUGGUGCUCGGCAUCCUCUCCUCCAUCGGCUUCGGCUCCGGCCUCCACUCCGGCAUCAUGUUCCUCUGGCCCUUUGUCAUGCGCGUGGCAGAGAUCCAGGGCUCGACCCGCUUCAACGCCGUCUUCAACCACCCGUGCCUCUUCGAGCCCCACGGAUCGCCCGGCGACGGCACCGACACAUUCUUCAACAAGCUGCUGCUCUGCUGGCCCGCCGUCAUUACAUUCUUCAGCAAACUGCUCGUCAUUGCGAGCUGCCGCCCUACUUUGUGA